CUUUUAUUUUCGCAUCCCUCUCAUUCCUCCCCUUCUCUCUCUCUUCGACAGCUCUUGUCUCAGAACUGCGGCGAAGAACGGCUGAGCUCAACAGAAACCCUAUCUCUCAGCACAAUGAACUGUUCAAUCUCCGGUGAGGUGCCGGAAGAGCCGGUUGUUUCAAAGAAGUCCGGGUUACUGUACGAGAAGCGAUUAAUCGAAAGACAUAUAUCAGAUUAUGGAAAAUGCCCUAUUACCGGGGAGCCUUUAAAUAUGGAUGACAUUGUUCCAAUCAAGACCGGCAAGAUAGUGAAGCCAAGACCAGUACAAGCUGCAAGCAUUCCUGGGAUGCUUGGAAUGUUCCAGAUUGAAUGGGAUGGUCUGAUGCUAUCCAAUUUUGCAUUGGAGCAACAACUACAUACAGCAAGGCAAGAACUAAGUCAUUCUCUGUACCAGCACGAUGCCGCUUGCCGUGUAAUUGCAAGACUAAAGAAAGAAAGGGAUGAUGCAAGAUCCUUUCUGGCGCAGGCAGAAAGACAGAUACCCAUGUCAGCAUCAGCAGUGCCUAUUGCUAAUGCUUCUGCUUUGAGCAAUGGGAAAAGAGCUGCUGAUGAUGACGAGAUGGACUCUGGAGGAAAGAGAAUCCGUCCAGGAAUUUCUUCUAGCAUAAUUUCAGAGCUAACUGAUUGUAAUGCAGCACUCUCGCAGCAGCGGAAAAAGCGGCAGAUUCCUCCAACGUUGGCUCCCAUUGAUGCUUUGGAGAGGUACACCCAACUCAAUAGUUAUCCACUUCACAAAACCAACAAACCUGGCAUCUUAUCUGUGGAUAUCCAUUACACCAAGGAUAUAAUUGCAACCGGCGGGGUUGAUACAAAUGCUGUACUCUUUGAUCGACCUUCAGGAGAGAUUUUAUCGACACUCAGUGGUCAUUCAAAGAAGGUUACCAGUGUCAAAUUUGUAACUCAGGGUGAUUUGGUUGUUACUGGUUCAGCAGAUAAGAGUGUGCGUAUAUGGCAAGGAUCUGAAAAUGGGAACUACGAUUGUAGGCACAUCUUGAAGGAUCAUACUGCAGAGGUGCAAGCUGUCACCGUCCAUGCCACCAAUAACUACUUUGUGACUGCUUCUCUUGAUAGCACAUGGUGCUUCUACGAUCUUUCAUCUGGUUUAUGCCUCUCACAGGUUCCAGAUGCUUCGAGUUCUGAGGGUUAUACAUCUGCUGCUUUUCAUCCUGAUGGUCUCAUUUUGGGAACAGGUACCUCAGGAUCACUGGUUAAAAUUUGGGAUGUAAAAAGUCAGGCAAAUGUAGCAAGAUUUGAUGGGCAUGUCGGUGCAGUAACUGCCAUAUCAUUCUCAGAAAAUGGCUACUUCCUAGCAACUGCAGCUCAUGAUGGUGUUAAGCUGUGGGAUCUACGCAAACUGAGGAACUUCCGGACCUUUACGCCAUAUGAUGAAAGUACACCAACACAAUCUGUGGAAUUUGACCAUAGCGGAAGUUACCUUGCACUUGCUGGCUCAGAUAUAAGGGUUUAUCAAGUUGCAAAUGUCAAGUCUGAAUGGAAUUGUAUCAAAACCUUCCCUGAUUUGUCUGGCACAGGCAAAGCAACUUGUGCAAAAUUUGGUCCAGAUGCAAAAUAUAUUGCCGUUGGAUCAAUGGAUCGCAAUCUCCGCAUAUUUGGCCUUCCAGGGGAGGAUGGUCCUUUAGAGUCUUAGUGCCUCUACGUCAACCCUAGUCAGUGGAACUUGUGAUAUUUCCUGUAAUCUGCUACUGCAGCAUCAAGUGUAUUUUAUGGGCUGAAGAGAGUUUUUGGAGUCUCCUGUUUAUCAUAUCUACCUAUUUGCUUAGGCUUAAUUCUUCCAUUCCAAGAUGAUGAUGAAGGGCAACCAAGCCAGUGUAACCAAUGGGAAUUUGCAGCAGCAUCCUUAGGCGUCGUCGGCAGUUGAAUCAAGAAGUUGGAGGCAAUAUGUAUCACUAGUAUCAUCAAAGUUCUCUCAUUUUCAUUUUGUCACACUGCAAUUCAAUUUGCCCUGAGAAGAAGAGUCGUUGGGUUACGAUAGCCGGUUAAACUGCAGCAUCUGGUGAUGAUAUGGUGACUUGUUCUAUAUUAAGAUCCGUUACUUUUUUAAACACCAUCCUAGCAUAUGUAAUUGAUACAUUAAUUUGAGUGCUCACAUAUUUAUUUUUAUCGGAUUUUUUAAUAGCUAGUAAA